AUGUGUAUUUUUAGGAUCACGACUUACGAUGAGUGCUGGGGUCAAUAUACUCACUUGUUGAUUUGCUCCAACGAAUCAUCCAAUAACGACGAACUUACUUCUCCACAAGAUCGCGUUCUUUCGGCAUUGAAAUGUCCAAACUUGAAAUCUGAGCAUAUCAAUGUCGGAGGUUCGAGAUGUAAUUGCAAAAUCAACCCGCAAGAUUUCAACACUGUCUGUAACAGGAUGUGGGGAGGUGACUUUGUCGGAAGUGUUAACUGCAGCAUGAAUCCCGGAUUUGCAGUAAAAUUUCAAUUUCGCGGCCGAGAAUGGGAGAACUGCACCAACGUGGAAACGUUACUUAGAGGAGGAGAUCGCAAUGUUCCAGAUGACUAUAAUUCCAGUGCGCAAGCAUGGAAUGAUAGUGAGUGGGAUGGAGACAAUAAGCAGGUAGAUUGGAGAGACAAAGAUUGGGUCACGUUGGCAGAGAAGGGAAUGGUUACGUGGCAGAGCCGCAGGAAUCGAAAGGCUAGUAAAGUUCAAGAUCCUAUGACAACAAGACGAAUCCAGUUCCCUGAGGAGAGUCAAACUUACGAAGAGGUUCGACUGGAGAAAAACGAAAUGUUUUCAACCGAGCACAAUUUGACAAGACCAAAACGUCAGAAGCUCCCUCCACGGUACAAUGGAACAAAUCAUCAUGUUGGCAGUAUUGAUGCUGCUGUAUUUGAGUGGAGGCGAUUGAAAGAUCAGAAAGAAGCCGCUGUAGAUGGUCGUCAGAAUUUGCCGUCUCGUCCUCCAAGCGUUGGUCAACCACAACACCAGAAGGACACUUCAAUUCCACAUAUCAGCCACUCUGAACAUGGAAGACAUCUGGCAGUGAGCACCGAUCAUCAGAAUCAACAGAGCGUGCUGCCAUCAUUUACUGCCACUGUGAGAACCCAACCGAUAAUUCCAACUGGUCCAAAGGCCAUGCCAAUUCGAAAGGCAGAGCGAGCGCGUAGAGAGAGAAAGAAGAGCCAAGGAGUUCAAUCCGGAGGGCAAUCGACUGCAGAUAUAAAAAUGCGCUCAACCAUUCCACUUGGGCCGAAAGUGCUGCCUGUUUGGCAACUGGCUCAAAUUCUGAAGGAGAAACAGGAACAAGAGAAGAAGAAUCUUGAAACACCGCCAGGAACUCACCAACAAAGUUUGAUAGACCUGUCUGCUACUGCUGCAACUCGCGAGGAUGAUUUUCACGAUCAGGUCGCAAGUGAAGUGAGACUAGAAGUUCCUAAUUCCUUGGAAACUUCUCCAGCUCAUGUUGCUGCGAGUGAAAGUUUGCAAGACGAGCGCGAGAGGGGUCAUGAUCAGAAGAGAAAUAAACUCCUGCAAGAUAUGUAUGAGCAACGAGUUGUUCUCCGGGAGAAGCAAUCGGAAGGUCAAGUACACGAAUCUGGUCCGUCUGUUCAGAAUAAUCUCCAACAUCUCAAUACGCACAUACCUAGCCGAGAAGAUAAUGACCCGUCUACCACCGAGACCAUCGAGGCUUUGGGUAAACCAUGGAAUGGAGUAUCGGAAUAUGUCGUUUCCCAAAAGUAUAACGAUACGUUGCCGGAGUCUGAUGACAGGAACUUCCAUUUUAACAGCCAUACUUCCUUCAAACAGCCUGGAGGAGAGGUCCAAAUGGCAGAUAUUAACGAGGCAUCGAACUCUACACCUGGGGAUUUGUAUGAUGCUUCGCCGCACCAAACUUCAAGCACACUUGUGGAAAACCUGCAAGCAGCUUCAUACAUUGCUUCUGAUCCUCCACGCAGAAGAGAUCUGACACCCCUUGAGCUUUGUCCAGUGGAAAGAUCUCAAGCAAAAUGUGCAAACCAUGACUCUCAUCUAGAUUCAAAUCUUAGUGAAAGCAAACUAGACGCCGAAAGAAGAGCUGAACAGCAUCAAGAAAUUGCAGAGCAAUCAAGACUUCAAGCUCUUGAGCGGGAACAGAAAACUCAGGAUGACAUACAGACUCGGAGACAAUCCGAUAUCCUUAUGCAAGAACCAAGUCAUUUACGGGAAAAUUUCCAAAGAAAGGCAUUCAGAAAACUCCAAGAAAUUGAAGAGCAGUCAAAGAUACCAGGUAACAAAAACAAGCGAGAUUUCCUCCAUGAUUCCAGUCAGCUUGAUACUUUUCUACAAGACUUCGCGAUUCCUCAGCAAGAUACCGCGCGUGAGAUGUGGAUGGCAGAAAAGGCAGAGGUUGAUGGGGAGUUUAGUAAGUUUUAUGGAACUAUUGCUAUUCCCAGCAAAGAGGUUACAGAUAGCCUACAAGUGAGCAAACAUGUAGUCAGUCAGGCAUGUCAAGACAAAGUCGACGAGAAAAAUGAUGUUGAGGAUAAAUCUGUUGAAGAUAGGUCUCUUCCUCAAAAUAGAACUUCACCUGCGAAUACCUCUCGCCUCCCGCCAAAAUCCGAGUUACCUUAUUUACUCAAAGAGAAGCGGAAGAGCGUACUGAUGGCAAAAAUGAUACAUGAUCAAGAAAUGAAGGAGAGAUUUAUGCAGGACGUCCCUUUUCCACAACAAAAGAUGGCCCGUUAUAGUUGGAUUCAGGUCGAAAAAUUUGUAGAUCACCGCUUACAGAAACUCCUUGAUCAAAUCAGAACAUGUCUUAUCAGUGAAGGCAUAGAAGAUUAUGUUGAGGACGUUGAAUAUAGUGGAGAUGAGCACCGGGAAGUUCAGGAAAAAAUACUAAGAAAUGUUAAUCGAAGAUUUGGCGAGCAACUCAGGAAUCUUGAACUUGAAUCAAAAAUUCGAGAAGAGAAACGAGUUCGUGAAGCACCGAAGCAGAGAGAACUCAAUGACCGCAAAUCAUUCAAAGAGCAGAACCAAGAUGGUGAUGGUGCCGAUCUUUCAAAUCAUACUAGUCGCGCAGAUGUUACAAAUAAUCAACAGGAAGGAAUCAGCACUUCACGUGGAGAUCAGGUAAUGAGAAAUAUCACGAAUGCUGAUGACAAGGCCGAUGUUGAAGUACAACAAAAGCAAAAGAGAGACGUCCAAUACUUUGAUUAUUCUCCACGCACGUCUGUCAAGAAGAUUAAAUCUGGCGAAAAUAAGCUGGCUGUUGAGAGCGAACAGGCACGCAACCAGAGAUUGAGGGAUUUGUAUUAUUCCGGACUCAUUCCGAGCAUGGACGAUGCCACGAUUCUUGAGAAAGCUGACGCUGCCAAACUACAAGUCGAAGAUAAGCGAGGCCAAGAUACGCAAAAGGGUAAUCCCCAGUAUUCCGAGUCAAUGGUGUUGAAAGAUGAGAAGUCUAGCGAUGAUAAGCCCCAGACCAAAACUUCUGGACGCAAAAUAUGGAUCGACGUUGACUACGAAGCUCAGGAUAAACAUCUUAAGACUAAUAGACGGGAUUAUCCUCAAAUAUUAAUCCCCGAUACUUUUCACAACUCGUUUCAGAAAAAAUUCCCGAAACUGCAAAGUGAAUCGAAGCUCGAGUUUCGCAAGAGAAAGCUUGCUGCAUACGUCGUUAGCGAUGAAUAUAAACAGCGUCAAUCAGCUGAUGAGGAGUAUCUACCAUCAGGUAUUAACCAGUCGAAGUUGAGCAACGAAGUUGGUACGCAUGCCAAGGUGGAGAAGAUGAGAAAGCCGAGAUUGCCGCGUCAAGGGAAGAAUAAUUUUGCUAGAGAAGUAUUUCUUCGAAAGCAAGCCGCCAGAAAACUUGAGGAACAAAGACAACAAGUCAGUAAUGCAGGUAAUGCCAGAAAUGAGGGGAUCACAGGCAAGCUUGUUGAAGGAAGUACCGGUGUUGAUGACCAAAUACCGAGCAAUGUGAGCGACAAUAAAGGACUCGCAGAUCAUGGAUCAGAGAAGAAUGCUUAUAUGAAGAGGGCAGGUGGCAGUCGAUCGCAGAGUAGAGGGGUCCUCGGAACUCGACAAGAGCUUUAUUCGUCCAAUACACAUUUGCCAGCGGUAUUCCAACACAAGGAUGCAGUCAUGACAGGAAGCAAUAUCGAGACAGCUAUUGAUUUGACAUCUGAUUGA